AUGGCUAAUCCAAAACGAACUGUUUAUGUUGGUGGUCUAGCAGAAGAAGUUGAUGAAAAAACUAUACAUGCUGCUUUUAUUCCAUUUGGUGAUAUUUUUGAAGUUCAAUUUCCUAUGGAUUAUGAAACACAAAAACAUCGUGGUUUUGCAUUUGUUGAAUAUGAAACAGCUGAAGAUGCUGCAGCAGCUAUAGAUAAUAUGAACGAUUCAGAAUUAUUUGGUCGUGCAAUACGUGUUAAUAUAGCUAGACCAGUUCAUCUUAAAGAAACAAGUUCAAAACCAGUUUGGUCAGAAGAUAAAUGGUUAUCAGAAGCAAUGAAUUCAGUUGAAAAAGAUAAGUUAGCAACAGAUGAUAUCACUACUACUACUCCCACUCCUACUGAUGCAAAACAACAAGAAAAUGUAUCUAAAGAUACAGAUUUAGAUGAAAUUGAUUUUGAUACAGGUCGACCAUUAUCAAAACGAAUCAAAUCAACAGCAAAUCCACGUGUUUAUUUUGAUAUUGAAAUAAAUAAUAGUCGAGCUGGAAGAUUAAUUAUGGUACUAUAUGCUGAUAUUGUACCAUUAACAGCAGAAAAUUUUCGUUGUUUAUGUACGCAUGAAAAAGGUUUUGGUUUUCGACAUACAUCAUUUCAUCGUAUAAUCAAAGAAUUUAUGGCCCAAGGUGGAGAUAUGACAAAAGGAAAUGGUACAGGUGGAAAAUCAAUUUAUGGACGAACAUUUAAAGAUGAAAAUUUUAAUCUUAAACAUACACAUGCCGGUCAAUUAUCAAUGGCUAAUUCAGGUCCAAAUAGUAAUGGUUCACAAUUUUUUGUAACUUUUGCUAAAUGUGAUUGGUUAGAUAAUAAACAUGUUGUAUUCGGUGAAAUUAUUGAAGGUUUUGAAGUAAUUAAAAAAAUUGAAGAUGCUGGAACAAAAAGUGGUACAACAACAAAAACAGUGACAAUUGCUGAUUGUAAUGAAUUUAAAUAG